AUGUUUCUGACUUUACCUCCUCUGGUGGAAAACCCGCCAGCAGCCGCAGUGAAUCAGGAAACAGCUCUCAAUCCUUCAACUGCCGCCGUCAAUGCCGAGAGUGUUUCUACUUCCUUGGCAGUAACGGAGGAAAUGUUUCUGACUUUACCUCCUCUGGUGGAAAACCCGCCCGCAACCGCAGUGAAUCAGGAAACAGCUUUCAAUCCUGCAACUGCCGCCGUCAAUGAUGAGAGUGUUUCUACUUCCUUGGCAGCAACGGAGGAAAUGUCUCCGACUUUACCUCCUCUGGUGGAAAACCCGCCAGCAGCCGCAGUGAAUCAGGAAACAGCUUUCAAUCCUGCAACUGCCGCCGUCAAUGAUGAGAGUGUUUCUACUUCCUUGGCAGUAACGGAGGAAACAGCUCUCAAUCCUUCAACUGCCGCCGUCAAUGCCGAGAGUGUUUCUACUUCCUUGGCAGUAACGGAGGAAAUGUUUCUGACUUUACCUCCUCUGGUGGAAAACCCGCCAGCAGCCGCAGUGAAUCAGGAAACAGCUCUCAAUCCUUCAACUGCCGCCGUCAAUGCCGAGAGUGUUUCUACUUCCUUGGCAGUAACGGAGGACAUGUCUCCGACUUUACCUCCUGUGGUGGCAGACCCGCCAGUAGCCGCAGCAAAUCAGGAAGCAACUCACAUCCUGGCAGUGCCUGGCAACCUGACGCCGCCGGUUCCCCACGUCAUGGUGGACUUAGUGGAGAUCCCUGGCAACUGCGCCACAGCGGUCCUAACCACCAGCCCAUUGACACAGGCUUGCUGCAAAACCGCUGUUGACCGCCUGCUAGCCACUGCCCAGAUGAGGUCGGAGUUUCUGCGCAAUGCGCGUUUGCCUUUCAAUGUGCACAAGUGGUGGCAACAUUUGGCACCACCGGUUCGCAGGCUUUACGAAGAGAGGCAGGAAGCCUUCACAGCUGGGCAGCGCUGGACCGGCAUAGCGGUUCUGAUCGCUGGUCAGGUCCGGGAUGGGACGCGGCCAUACAUCGUAGAGAACAUCCACAAGAACCUCUUCCAGGAGUUGAUAGAUGCCAACAUCCGGUACCACAUCUUUGCUGUCUUGGAGUACACCAGGAACGGCUUCAGUUGGCGGGGUCCGAAGAAUGAGAGUCGCAACUUCAACGACAACGACGUGCGGAGAGUGCUCGAACGCUAUGGCAAUGGAGGCAACUUCACCUUGUUGGAGUGGAAUGAGGAUCACAAGCAGCGAGCCAAGGCUCAGAUGCUGGAGAACUGCACCUGGAGACACUAUGUAGGUGAGCGUGUGCGUGCCUUGCCUCUGCAGUACGUCAAGAUCUCCGCAGCUUUGCACCUCAUGCGUCAAGCUGAAGAGAAGAUGGGCACGCGCUUUGCCCUGGUGGUGAGGAUUCGGCCUGAUGUGACCUACUCCCAGAGCAUGGGGCGUUUGCUUCAUGGGCGACUGGAAGAAGCCAAGGGUCCUGUGAACGUGUCAGUGCCAUCCAUGUGCGGCGCCAUCGGUGGCGGCCUGGGCGAUGCCGUGCUGGUGGCGGACCGCUGUAGCGUCGAGGCGCUCCACGCGGUGGCGCCGGUAGUGCAGGGCUGCAAGGUGGAGGAUGAUUGCCAGUCUUGGGUGGCCGUGAGAGAUGCAUGUUUGCAGUCCAAGACCCUCGCGACUGGCGGUGUGCUUCAAGAGGCAUGGGUGGAUUCCUACGGUGCUGCGCUAUGGCGUUCCGACCACGUCCUGUGGGAUAGGCGGCCAGUUGGGCUCGCCCAUUUGAGCGACGGAGUGAAGGCUGAUGAAACAGGACCCAAAGAACGGUUCGACGUUGGCCUGGUACUCGCCCUACAGCUGCGCCACACCUGCCGGGCCUUUCUGACGGACCCAGUGCCCCUGGAGCUGCUCCAAGAAAUUUUGGCCACCGCCAACCUGGCACCCUCCGGGGGCAACACGCAGCCGUGGCACCUCUAUGUGGUGACGGGUGCCAGCCUGAACGCCUUGACGGAAGCUGCCCUGAAGCACUUGAGUGGCUCCCGCGGCAGUGGGCCCUUGGAGUACAAGGUUUAUCCCAAGAAGGAGGAUCUGCCAGCGGACUUGCACCAGGCAUAUAUGAGUCGAAGAAUCAAAGUCGCCCAAGACAUGUGGCAACUGAUGGGUGUCAAGCGCGAAGAUAAGGCAGAACGAGCCAAAGCGCUCAUGGAGAACUUCCGAUUCUGGGGUGCACCUGUGGGCAUCAUCGUUACAGUCGAUCGUGGAGGCGAUAAAAACGCCUGGGGUCACGUGGGGAUGAUGCUGCAAAGCCUAUCACUGCUGGCUGUGCAGUAUGGUUUGGGCACUGCGAUGCUGGAAGCCUGGGGCAACCUUGGGAACUGUGUUUACGAAGCUUUGGACAUUCCGAUGGAGAGGGAGGUGAUUUGGUGUGGCGUGGCUUUGGGAUACCCGGAUUCAAGCUCCAAGUUGAGCGAUAUGGCCACAGAGCGAAGGAAGCUGCAGGAAUUCUGCCGCAUUUUCCCGGGAUUUGAAUCCAAGUCGAAGUUGUGA